GGCCACCCUAGGGUCGGUCUCCGUCCCCGAGCCGAGCUGCCGCCACUUUGGACUUGAUUGGCCACUUUCAGUCCAGGAGCUCAGACAGCACAAAAAUUUUACGGUCUUCUUCAUCGCUGUCCACCCCCUCCCUGUCUCUGGGGACCUAGGUGAUUCUCGCAACCCUGCACCGGGUGUCUGUACUCUCGAUUCGUUCGUCUUAUCUCCAGCUUUGCUGCCCAGUCCCAGCCCUCCCGGUCCUAGUCACCCCCCCCCCACUCGGCCUCACAACAGACCCUCAGCGGGCAUGCUCCUACUGUCUUUCUCAUCACUGAGGGAUCCUCGGGUUUGCCCUGGUACCAGGACCCCUUCAGGCUUUCGACGCUCCCCGCCCUUCCCCUCCAAUUCCUGGCCCCGCGCCGGUCGUGAUGUCAGUUCUCUUCAGGCUGGAACAUCCCGUUCCCGGCGCUAGUUCCUGCUGUUGGCCACAGCCUUUUCUCCUGGCGCUCAGAAAAUGCUUGGGGACUGGGGGUGUGGUUGGAUAGGGAGUAGGAGAAAAACUAUCUGCUGGCUGUUGUGCGUCCCUUGCUCAAAGCUUCGGAUGCGGGAGGGGGGAAGAGGGUGGCUAGAAAAGUAGGGGAUUGAGAAGAGAGAAUUCCUGGGUCUUUGACUGUGGCAGUUACCGGCUUCAGUUCUGGUGGUCGGGAGGGGGACUUGGAGCCACAGAAAGGAAGGUGUUGACUGUGACCCAACUUCUCAACUCUCAAAGACGGACCUCCCACCUUACUCCCUCAUCCAGGCCUCAAGGCCCCCCUUGUGCAUCCGAGGUGGCCUCUCCACCUUCCCUGUUCUCUUGUCCUCCUCCCCAUGGCCCAGACAUGAGCGGUCCCUUAGAAGGGGCUGAUGGGGGAGGACAUCCUAGGCCUGAGGAAUCCUUUUGUCCUGGAGGAGUCCCAUCUCCUGGGCCCCCACAGCAUCGGCCUUGCCCAGGCCCCAACCUGGCUGAUGACACUGAUGCCAACAGCAAUGGCUCAAGUGGCAAUGAGUCCAAUGGGCAUGAAUCCAGGGGGGCAUCUCAGCGGAGCUCACAUAGCUCCUCCUCGGGAAACGGCAAGGAUUCAGCCCUGCUGGAGACCACUGAGAGCAGCAAGAGCACAAACUCUCAGAGCCCAUCCCCACCUAGCAGUUCCAUUGCCUAUAGCCUCCUGAGUGCCAGCUCAGAGCAGGACAACCCUUCUACCAGUGGCUGCAGCAGUGAACAGUCAGCCCGGGCAAGGACCCAGAAGGAACUCAUGACGGCACUUCGGGAGCUCAAGCUUCGACUGCCGCCAGAACGUCGAGGGAAGGGCCGCUCUGGGACCCUGGCCACCCUACAGUAUGCACUGGCCUGUGUCAAACAGGUGCAGGCCAACCAGGAAUACUACCAGCAGUGGAGCCUGGAGGAAGGUGAGCCUUGCGCCAUGGAUAUGUCCACAUAUACCCUGGAGGAGCUGGAGCACAUCACAUCUGAGUACACGCUUCGCAACCAGGAUACCUUCUCCGUGGCUGUCUCCUUCCUGACAGGCCGAAUUGUCUACAUUUCGGAGCAGGCAGGAGUCCUGCUGCGUUGCAAGCGCGAUGUGUUUCGUGGUGCUCGCUUCUCAGAGCUCCUGGCUCCCCAGGAUGUGGGUGUCUUCUAUGGCUCCACUGCCCCAUCUCGUCUGCCCACCUGGGGCACUGGGGCUUCUGCAGGUUCAGGUGCCAAGGACUUCACACAGGAGAAGUCUGUAUUCUGCCGUAUCAGAGGAGGUCCUGACCGGGAUCCAGGGCCUCGGUACCAGCCAUUCCGCUUAACUCCGUAUGUGACCAAGAUCCGGGUCACAGAUGGGGCUCCUUCACAACCAUGCUGCCUGCUCAUUGCAGAGCGCAUCCACUCUGGUUAUGAAGCUCCCCGGAUUCCCCCUGACAAGAGGAUCUUUACCACAAGGCACACACCCAGCUGCCUCUUCCAGGACGUGGAUGAAAGGGCUGCUCCACUGCUGGGCUACCUGCCCCAGGACCUCCUGGGGGCCCCAGUGCUGCUGUUUCUACAUCCUGAGGAUAGACCCCUCAUGUUGGCCAUCCAUAAGAAAAUCCUGCAGCUGGCAGGCCAGCCCUUUGACCACUCCCCUAUCCGUUUUUGUGCACGUAAUGGGGAGUACGUCACUAUGGACACCAGCUGGGCAGGUUUCGUGCACCCCUGGAGCCGAAAAGUGGCUUUCGUGUUGGGUCGCCACAAAGUACGCACUGCACCCCUAAAUGAGGACGUGUUCACUCCCCCAGCCCCCAGCCCACCUCUGUCCCUGGACUCUGAUAUCCAGGAGCUAUCAGAGCAGAUCCAUCGGUUGCUAUUGCAGCCUGUGCACAGCUCCAGUCUUACGGGAAUCUGUGGAGUUGGUGCUGUGACAUCCCCAGGCCCUCUUCACAGCCCUGGCUCUUCCAGUGAUAGCAAUGGGGGCGAUGCUGAAGGGCCUGGGCCUCCUGCUCCCGUGACUUUCCAGCAGAUCUGUAAGGAUGUCCAUCUGGUGAAGCACCAGGGGCAGCAGCUUUUCAUUGAGUCCCGAGCCAGGCCUCUGCCUCGGUCCCGCCUCCCUGCUACAGGCACGUUCAAGGCCAAGGCCCUUCCUUGCCAGUCCCCAAAUUUAGAGCUGGAGGCAGCCUCUGCUCCAAUCCAGGCCUCUCUAGCCUUAGCACCUGAGGAGGCCGAGAGGAAAGAAACCUCCAGCUGUUCCUACCAGCAGAUCAACUGCCUGGACAGCAUCCUCAGGUACCUGGAGAGCUGCAACAUCCCCAGCACAACCAAGCGUAAAUGUGCCUCCUCCUCCUCCUACACCACCUCCUCAGCCUCUGAUGAUGACAAGCAGAGGACAGGUCCAGUUCCUGUGGGGGCCAAGAAAGAUCCAUCGUCAGCAGUGCUGUCUGGGGAGGGGGCCACUCCUCGGAAGGAGCCAGUGGUGGGAGGCACCCUGAGCCCGCUCACCCUGGCCAAUAAGGCAGAGAGUGUGGUGUCUGUCACCAGUCAGUGUAGCUUCAGCUCCACCAUCGUCCAUGUAGGAGACAAGAAGCCCCCGGAGUCGGACAUCAUCAUGAUGGAGGACCUGCCUGGCCUAGCCCCAGGCCCAGCCCCCAGCCCAGCUCCUAGCCCCACAGUGGCCCCUGACCCAGUCCCAGAUGCCUACCGUCCAGUGGGCCUGACCAAGGCUGUGCUGUCCCUGCACACACAGAAGGAAGAGCAAGCCUUCCUCAGCCGAUUUCGAGACCUUGGCAGGCUGCGUGGACUUCACAGUUCUACCGUGGCUCCCUCAACCCCUGGCGAGCGAGGCUGCCACCAUAGCCCGGCACCCCCUGGCCGCCGACACCAUUGCCGAUCCAAAGCCAAGAGAUCACGCCACCACCAGGCCCCCCGCGCAGAAGCUCCCUAUGUCUCCCACCCCUCACCUAUGCCACCCUCUGUACCCUGGUCCCCACCACCAUCCACUGCCCCCUUCCCGGCGGUGGUCCAACCCUACCCACUUCCAGUGUUCUCUCCUCGAGGAGGCCCCCAGCCUCUUCCCUCUGCCCCAACAUCUGUGCCCCCUACUGCUUUUCCUUCCCCACUGGUGACGCCAAUGGUGGCCUUGGUGCUCCCAAACUAUCUAUUCCCUACCCCAUCUAGCUAUCCCUAUGGGGUACCCCAGGCCCCCGCUGAGGGACCUCCCACCCCUGCUUCCCACUCGCCUUCCCCAUCCCUGCCCCCACUGCCCCCCAGUCCCCCACACCGUCCAGACUCCCCACUAUUCAACUCGCGAUGCAGCUCCCCACUCCAGCUCAAUCUGCUGCAGCUUGAGGAGCCCCCACGCACGGAAGGGGCUGCUGCUGCAGGGGGCCCUGGGAGCAGUGCUGGGCCCCCGCUUCCCAGUGAGGAAGCCACUGAGCCAGAGGCCAGACUGGUGGAGGUAACUGAGUCCUCCAAUCAGGAUGCACUUUCUGGCUCCAGUGACCUGCUGGAGCUGCUGCUGCAAGAGGAUUCACGCUCUGGCACAGGCUCUGCAGCCUCAGGCUCCCUGGGUUCUGGCUUGGGCUCAGGGUCUGGGUCAGGCUCCCACGAGGGGGGCAGCACCUCAGCUAGCAUCACUCGCAGCAGUCAGAGCAGCCACACAAGCAAGUACUUCGGCAGCAUUGAUUCUUCAGAGGCUGAGGCUGCGGCUGCUCAGGCCAGACCUGAACCCGGAGACCAGGUCAUUAAGUAUGUGCUCCAGGAUCCCAUCUGGCUGCUUAUGGCCAAUGCUGACCAGCGUGUCAUGAUGACCUACCAAGUGCCCUCCAGGGACAUGGCUUCUGUGCUGAAGCAGGACCGGGAGCGGCUCCGGGCCAUGCAGAAACAGCAGCCUAGGUUCUCAGAGGACCAGCGACGGGAGCUGGGUGCCGUGCACUCCUGGGUCCGGAAGGGCCAGCUGCCUCGGGCUCUUGAUGUGAUGGCCUGUGUGGACUGUGGUAGCAGCACCCAAGACCCUGGCCACUCUGAUGACCCACUCUUCUCGGAGCUGGAUGGACUGGGGCUGGAGCCCAUGGAAGAGGGUGGAGGCGAGGGUGGUGGUGGUGGCAGUGGUGCCCGUGAGGGUGAGGGUAGUGAGGAAGCCCAGGCCCAAGUUGGGGCUAAGGGAUCCAGUUCUCAGGACUCUGCCAUGGAAGAGGAGGAACAAGGUGGGAGCUCAUCCAGUCCAGCCUUACCUGCCACAGAAAUGGCACCAGCUAGAGUUCAUUUUAGGGCCAUUUCCGACAGUUCAUGAAAGGCUUCCUUCUCCCAUGUUGCACUUGGUAGAACUCAGAUGUGGCUGGACCAACCAAUAGGAAACUGCCCCAGCUUCUCUCACUGUAGGGGGCAGGACCCCCAUCACCAGCCCAGGAUCCAGGGGCUACAUCUAGCCUCUUAGGGAACAGAGGGUGGGGGGGAAGCUUUCAGCCCAGCCUGGAGGAUUGUCAUCUCCCACUCUGGUGAGGAGUACUUUCCUUCUCUGGAUAAGACUGCUGAAGUGGUCUUUCUAAAUCCCAGCUGAGCCUGAGUCCCAGUCUGAAGGUUGGGGCUGCACUUAUUUAUUGGGGGAGACAGCUUGCUCUCCUGGCCUUCUCCCCAGAUGAGAGGAGGGGAGCCUGGGGCCCAAGCAGGACCCAGGGGUUUGAACCCCUAGCUGCUCCAGGUGGGGGAGGUUGGUGGACCAUGGAGUCCCUGGUGCUGCCCCUCAGGUGGGACCCAGGCGUUCUCAGCUCUACCCUCUACCAGUGGCAUUUGUGUUUUUGAUAUUGUCUGUUCUUUUUUAAUACAAAAAGAAAAAAAAAAAACAUCUGGACUUUGUGGAAUGAAGCUUGGGGUCUGGGUGAAGGGGAGGAGUGUCCCAUCUUCCAAGAAGAUCAUAGUGCAAGUGGGCAGUUCUGUGCCUGAGGAACCCCAUUCCGCUCCUCUCUACGUUCUUUCCAGCCAAGGGGUCUGCCUUGCUGAGUUUCCUAAAAAUUCCUUUAAUUCAGACUCUACUCACACCUCUACCCUUACCUGAGCUAGGUUUAUCCAAGAAAGGAGAGCAAGCUCUAGUCAUGGGCAGGUGACUGGCAGGUGGAAGCCCGCUCAGCCCCGCGGCGUCCUGAUGUAAGAUGGUAGUUAGCUGCUUUUUAAGGUUCAUAAUUAAGGCACACCAAGUCCUGCACCCAUUCACGGUCGAGUUAGCCCCCAGAGGUGUUGAAGAAGGGAGGAAUGAAGUGUGGAUUUUUUGGCUCAGUAUCUGAAAGGAUAAAAAGGAACUGGGGGAGGGCUGAACCGUUGAAGAUCCGCCCCAGCUUUUGGGAAUGGUCGUUCAUUCGCAGGCACCAAUUAACGG